AUGCAAGAAAAAUUAUGUAAACCUCGUCAAAAAUUAGUUGAAAGAGCCUUGCUUGAUUUACAAGCAUCUAAUGGAUUUUCUCAACUUUGGAAUAGGGAAUGGGAAAGAAAUAAAAAGAAUGGAAUCCAUUUGGCCUUCUUUGUGGGGACUUCAGGCGUUGUUCGCUUUAAAAAUGAAAGUUUGGAUCGUUUUCUGUAUGAUUUUGUGGAAAGUGAAAAUUCAGUACCCUCACUUUACCGUCACUUUUUACUUGAUUUAAAUCCAAACGCUGCAGAAUCUGAUUUUUUCCGAAGAGCAACAAGGCAACCUGAAGGACAAAUAAUAUUUGAUUUGAAUAGAAAAACUCGUCUUAGGCAUAAUAAAAAUGGAAGAAAAACAGCUUAUGGUCAUGCUGAAAAAGAUGCUAUAUUAGCUUUGGCAUAUAAAGCAAUUAAAGUAGAUGGGGCAUUAGCUGGAGUUGUUGGAAUUGAGUUUUUAUAUGAUUCUUUACUCUCUCAAAUGAGACAUAUUGGAUGUUUAUCAGAUAAUAAAAAGGGCGAAGAAGAAGAAGAAAAUUCUCGUUGUUAUUUAUUAGACGAAAAUGGCUUUGUUAUUUUCUCAAGUUCAAAAAACACAAAAUAUUCUAAUUUUGUUGAAACAAAUAUUUUAAUACCAGAAAAAUUGAAAAUGAUGGGGGCAAAUAAUUUAAAUAUAAAUUUUAAUAAUCAAAAAAGAAGACAAAAAGGAGGAGGAAAUUCUUCAUUAUUUGGACAAAGAGGAAUUUGGGCACAACAAAAAAUAUUAAAACAACAAAAAUUGGAACUUGAACAAAAUUUGGAAUUGGGAAAAUUUUUUGGACAAUUAAAUAGAGUUGCUGAAUGGACAAUGGAAUUGUUGAUACGGAGAGGGUUUUAUAAAAGGGAUUACUUUACCGAUGCUCAAGCAAUUUGUGAUCCUCCAAAUGAUGACUUUCAAUCACAACAAUAUUCAAUUAAUAAUCCAACAAUAACGCCUACAACAACCACAACAAAUACUAUAAGUAUUACUUCUGCUGCUUCUAGUCAUUCUUUUAAAAUAUUUCCAGCAUUUUUGUCAUUUUUAACUUCAUUAAUUCAAUUUAUUAAACAAUUUGUCUCAAUUAUUGCAAUUUUGCUCAUUCCAAAUGAAUUGCUAUCAGCUUCUUUUAUUCCAAUUAAUACCUUCUCUAGUCUUUUAAAAAUAACUGAUGGACGCUUUCAAUGUAGAAUGCAUUCAUCUUUUUAUUUGGGGCAAACAAAUGUUAGUAGUGAUGGGGUAAAUGGUGCUUUGUUGGAAAGUGAUUCUUAUGAAAGACCAUGUUCACAAAAUGCCGCCCAAUGUGCUGUUCGUGUAUUUGCUUCAUGGGUUCCCCAUACUAAUUUACUUUUAGUAAUAAUUCGACAAGAUUCUCAUUCUCAAUGUUUUUCUCACGAUUCAUUUAGUCAUUGUCCAUUAUCUCAACCUCCAUCAAUUCCUUUUGGAUUUUCACAAAAUCUUCCAAUUUCUACUCAAGAUUCUUCAGAACAACAACAACAACCAUCAAAUAAUCAAAAUGUCACAACCACAAGAAAGGAAUAA